AUGCUGUCUCUGUGCCUCUCUGUAAUAGCUCUGCUCCUGCAGCCAGCCUGCACUUAUCUGUACAACUGCUCCUCCGUGUACAACUGCGUCCCUGGUAACCAGGACCUGGUGGUGGACUGUGGACCCAGCACCAUCACCCUGGAAGUGAAUCUGUGCACAGCACAGUGGGCAGGCUUUGACCCCACUAGCCUGGCGCUGAACGGGGAGCACAACAACAGCCAAUGUCAGGGCACCAUUGACACGAGCCGUGACCCACCAGUGAUCCGUUUCCAGCUGCCUGUCAACCACAGUGAGGAUAACCCUUGCAGGCAGUCACUGCAGAUUGUGGAUGAGGUCCCCCAAUCAGACAUAUUCAGCUCCUUCUCUAGUAUCCAGUCUGUCAUCAUUAAUGGCUUCAUUGACACAUCCAGCUCUUCCGACGGCAUCAUCAGCUACUCUACUGAUCUCUUCUACAAGUUCUCCUGUCACUACCCACUGGAAUACUUCCUCAACAACACCCCGAUUGUAGCGUCCUCAGUGUCACUGGCCACCAGUGAUAACAAUGGCACCUUCAUCAGCACCCUCAGUAUGAGCGUAUACAACGACACAAACUACACCACCCCUCUGGUGGUUCCGGAUGCAGGGCUGCCUCUCCGCACCAAGAUCUAUGUCAAGGUGAAGGCCACAAACCUCACUGGCAACUUAUUUGUGUUGCUCGACAUGUGCUUUGCUACACCAUCCCCUUUCAACCUGUCCAACCUUGAAAGGCAUAACUUCUUUGUUGGGUGUAGAGUGGAUGAAAGGACAAUCAUGGAUCAGAAUGGAAUCUCACAGGAGUCACGCUUCAACUUCGAGGCAUUCCGCUUUGUGGAGCACCGUGACCGAAACAAGUCUAGCCUCUACCUACACUGCAUCCUGAGGCUUUGUGAGCCCAGCAAAUGCCAAGAGAUCAUGAAUAGUUGUACUAGGAAUGUCAGGAGACGGAGGGCCCUGGAGCCUUUUGGAUCAACAUCCCCGGGUUCUACUGAAGUUUCCCUUGGACCCAUCUACACUACAGAUUAUGGUUCUGUUGAUCAGCCAUCCUCCUCUGCAUUAAGCAGUUCCAGUCCGGCCCCAGGGGCAAAAACCGCUGUUGCUGAGUUGGUGGUUGGGCUGAUCUUUGCUUCUGCAGGAGGUGCCGUUCUAGCUCUGGUGGGUUGGCUUGUGCUCAGAAAGGUUUACUGUGGAGGUAGGCUGUCAAAGGCCUUCAAGUGAUCACCUCCAAAGGUCAGAGAGAGGAAGGAUCCUCUCUUUUCCACAUUAGUCUGUUCACCAUUAGUUGCACUAUAGAGUGCAAAUAUAUAAAAUAAAUUUGGCGUAUUUGUUAUAAAUUCGAACCAAGAGCUUUUUCUCUGGAAUCUUUAUAUGUUAUUGUUCCAUAAAAAUAACAGACUUACUCCUACUGCAUAGUAAUUAUAAAUGGACAUGGUAAAUCAAGAAAAGAUUAUGCUUUUAACAGUGAUGAAGUCAUAAUCGCUUGAUUUUGCUUGGUAUAUUUGUUUCUUUGCCUUAUGCCUCUGUUCAAGCUCUCUGUGUCACUGCAUGAGAAGAGUGCUCUAUAAAAAUAAAUUGAAUUGAAUUCAGUGGCGUGUCAUACACAUAUAACAUUGUUUGAUUAAGGUUUUCUAUAACUUGUUAGCCAAAAGAAAGAACACAGCUAAAAUACUGAUAUUGUGUAGUUACAUCCCCUAGUUAAAGAGGUGCUUGCUUGUUUUCUCUCACUGUACAGGAAUUGGACAAAUUCAUUAACAUCUUUGUAAAAAGGCCACAAUUGUGACUUUAAAAUGUACCCUGUUUGUCUCUGUCUACCAGAAUCGCUUAUUUUUUGAAGUGUUAUUAAUGAAAGUAACAGAAAUAUAAAUGAAGUUUCCUUAAAAGUUUUAAUGAAAAUUUUAGUAUGCACACAGGCUACAACUACUUGCCCCAAGCAUGGUUGUGGUGAACCGGAGCCUAACCUAGCAGCACAGGG